CGCCCGGAUGCGGUGAUCAUGACGACUUAUUACGACGUCUUGACGAGUGCGAACUACUAGCGAAAAUUCUGCUGGAGCAAGUCCUACGAUAUUCAAGAUAGUUGAUCGAUCGAGUUAAUAAUAGAUCUCAUCUCGUACUCCUCUCAACGUGGCCUGCACUAGACGUCUCUCGUCUCCGCUUACCGUCCAGUCCCUGCAGGGUCUGCGUGGCCCCAGCCCCUUCUCGAGCUCGUCUCAGUCUCCCGACUGACUGUUACUGACUGUUACUGACUGUUACUGACUGUUAUUGACUGUUACUGACUGUUACUCUGGCUGUUACUCUGACUGUUGACUCUUUGAGUCCAGUCUUAGACGCUGUCUUGUUGAUCCUGAGGGAUCCCGAGUGAGGGAAGCCUCGGAAUGGGCGUGGACUUCAGGCCAGAAUAAAACGAACGAAAAGAACACAAGGCGAAAGAAAAGAAAGAGGCAGGAUGCCUUCGCUCGUCUUCCUCCUCCCUCUCCUCCCUCUCCUCGCCGUCCUCUCCGCCGCCUCCGACGUCGUCAUCCCCGCCUGCGCGCUGUCGUGUCCGACCUUUCUCGCCGCACAAUCCGCCUGUUCCGCUGCCUCCGACGCCUGUCUCUGCGAGUCGGCGCUCCUCGAACCGUUACGCAGUGGAAUAGAGGUGUGCGAGACGUGUACGGGGGGGUUGUUGCAGGCCUGGUAUUCGGCUGCCUGUCGGAAUGUGGCUGCCACGACCGUCAAGCAGAUCGUUACUCGUUCCAACACAGGGGCAGGAUGGUUCCGCUCCCACUACCGCUGGGUGAUCAUGCUGAUCGUCCUCGUCGUCGGGUUUGGAGUCAUCGCCGUCGUGGGCGUCUGGCUCAAACGUCGCCACGACGCCCGAAACCCGCAUCUCUACCACGGCCCAAGCAAGAAAGCCAGCAGUGCCGGACUGACGGGAUCCUCGACGAAUAAUAAUAACAAUCCCAACAAUGCUCUGAAUAUGGACCCCAACGCCGACGGCUCCAAGACCAGCGCCACCCUCGUUCCUCUCGCCACCAGGGAAAAGGGCCCGGCGUUGAGAGGCGGGAGCACCUCGGGCACCUCGGGCACGCUGGCUGUGCCGGGCAGUGUUGCUCGGGCAGGGAGCAGUGGUGCAGGCAGUAGCAUCCAUACCUCCUAUCCUUCUACCAUCUCCAUGACUCCGCCGCCGCCCUGGUCGGCUCCUCAUCUGCGAGGCGGAUACGACCAGCCCAACCCCUCGCUCUCGAACCAGAACUUGCCGGUCAACCAUCCCGAAUACGCCGUGGCGGGCAGCAGUCGCUCGGAGCUUGCGCCCAGGGCGUCGGAGGUGUCUUUCCAGUCGACUGGGUAUCGGAGUGCGGGGAGAAGGGCGUAG